AAGCUAAAACAAAUAUAUGCCGGCUUGAAUACGUGCCCAAAAACAAACAAUAUGCUUAUGGAAGUUCACAUGGACUUGUACAUAUAUAUAAUAUGAAUGAGCUAAACUCAAAUGCCUGGUUGUAAAUGCAUAUGGCUAAGAUUGAGGAUGGGGAAGUAACAUGUUCCUAACACAAUAUGUAUGCACUGUAACAAGCAAUUUGGAAAUUUAAAAACUUUUAUCAAUGCAGAAGUAACAUGUCCCACUUCUCGCAUAAUGUGGAAGAUGCGAUUAAAAAGAGAUUCAGAGUGUUCCGUGGAUUUGAAAAAAAAUUAUUUACAUUUCUCCAACUCUCACCUCUUUGGUCUAGAUUGCUUACAUCACAAAGCAACAUAUAAACAUCAAUUUUUUUUGUUGGUGUCAUGCUAAAAUGUGCUUAGAAGAUUAACAUUUUCUUUGUCGUCAAGGUAAUAUAAGAAACCAUUUCAUUCAGUUUGAAAACUAACGAAAGUAUUAAAGAAAAAUCAACUAUUAUUCAAGAUCCAUAAACAAUGGAAUAUUCUACCACCACUUGUAUUAGUUUUUAGUAUACAAUAUAUUACAAACGCCUCAAUAUAUAAUGCACGUUUCUGUAACAAGUAUACCAAUGACGACUUUUUACCUUAGGGUGUUAUUACAAGAAGCAACAAAAAACGAAGAAGAAGAAGAAUAAUUCCAACAAAAAUAUGAAUUCGUCUUCCUCCUCUUCAUCUUCUUCUCGCAGGAAGUUUCUGGAUACAGGAUUUGCGAUCGGACAAAAAGAAAUAAUAAGAAUCUUGAUUCUGUUUCUUGUUUUGACGGCUUCAUGUCUGUUUUUAUACAAAACAGCGUAUCCUCUGCAACAACUUUCUUUCAACAAUCUCACCUCUCUACUCGCUUCUUCAUCUCCAGAAACGAUAAAACCAGAUAUCGCUUUAAGGAAGAUUUUGGAGAAUGCGUCGAAUGAGAACAAUACAGUGAUUAUAACGACACUAAAUCAAGCUUGGGCAGAACCAAAAUCCAUAUUUGAUCUCUUCUUAGAGAGUUUUCGUCUUGGACAAGGAACACAAAAGCUUCUGAAACAUGUGGUAGUGGUUUGUUUGGAUCCCAAGGCGUUUGAACGAUGCACACAACUUCAUUCUAAUUGCUAUUACCUUAAAACCACGAACACUGAUUUCUCUGGGGAUAAAGCUUACAACACUCCUGAUUAUGUCAACAUGAUGUGGCGCAGAAUCGAGCUGCUUAUUCAAGUUCUCGAAAUGGGUUUUAACUUCAUAUUCACGGACACUGAUGUAAUGUGGCUUAGAGAUCCAUUUCCCCGACUAUAUCCAGAUGGAGACUUUCAAAUGGCGUGUGAUAAGUAUUUUGGAAACCCUACCAGUUUUGACAACUGGGCCAACGGAGGUUUCGUAUACGUGAGAUCAAACAAUCGAAGCAUCGAGUUUUACAAAUUCUGGUACAAAUCUCGUCAGAAUUAUUCAUGGUUGCAUGAUCAAGAUGUGUUCAACAGGAUCAAGAACGACCCUUUUAUAUCUAAGAUCGGCGUCAAGAUUAGAUUCUUUGAUACGGUCUACAUUUGUGGGUUUUGUGAACCUAGCAAAGACAUAAACUUGGUUUGCACAAUGCAUGGUAAUUGUUGCCUUGGUCUGGAGAAGAAGAUUCAUGAUCUGAAUCUUAUUCUUGAUGAUUGGAGAAAGUAUAUGUCGUUGUCAAAGCAUGUGCAGAACACGACUUGGAGUGCUCCUUUGAGGUGCCUGGAGAAAUAAUAAUUUAUUCGAUGAAAACUAAGAAUGUGUUUUUUGUAAGGAAAACUGUUCUACAUUGUAAUUUAACAACUCGUUUUUGUUAUAAUCUUCGAAUUUUGAUGCAUCUUAUUUGUCUGAGUCGUAGAUUAAUUUUUAUGUGCUAGAAAAUAAAAUGAUUUUUUUUGUUCUU